UCUCAUCACCCGUCGGAAAAUAAAAUAAAAACCCUGACUCGAGAGUACGGAUAUAAGGAGCAUCUACCAAGUUGGAGAGGUGUUGGAGAAACAAGUGGAAAAGUCGUGAUUCACGAUGAAGGACCGUACACACGAGCUUAGGGUGGGGAAGGAGACUGAGGAAGAAGAUGAUGUGGCAGUCAACAUGGAAAAAGAUCGAUUUAUGGAUGAGUUCUUUGUACAGGUGGAGGAGAUCCGAGGCUUCAUCGAGGAGCUCUCAGAGAAGGUGGAGGAGGUGAAGAGACAACACAGCGCCAUCUUGGCCGCCCCCAAUCCUGACGAAAAAACUAAGGCAGAGCUGGAGCAGCUGAUGACAGACAUAAAGAAGUUUGCAAACAAAGUGCGCUCCAAGUUAAAAAGCAUUGAACAGUCCAUAGAGCAUGAGGAGGCUUUAAGCAGGUCGUCUGCAGAUCUGAGGAUACGUAAGACACAGCAUUCCACGUUGUCUCGGAAGUUUGUGGAGGUGAUGUCAGAGUAUAAUGCCACGCAGUCGGACUACCGGGAACGCUGCAAGGGCCGCAUCCAAAGACAACUGGAGAUUACUGGUAGGAACACAACUAAUGAGGAACUGGAGAGCAUGCUGGAGAGUGACAACCCUGCCAUCUUCACAUCAGGGAUCAUCAUGGACUCCAACAUCACCCAGCAGGCCAUGAAUGAGAUUGAGACGAGACACACUGAGAUCAUCAAGCUGGAGAAUAGCAUCAGAGAACUUCACGACAUGUUCAUGGACAUGGCCAUGCUGGUGGAGAGCCAGGGGGAGAUGAUAGACCGCAUAGAGUACAAUGUGGAGCACUCAGUGGACUAUGUAGAGAGGGCCGUGUCUGACACCAAGAAGGCAGUAAAGUACCAGAGUAAAGCCAGGAGGGCAAAUCAUGCAUGACCUUAUGUGACAUAGACACAUGGACUUCAAUGAGACCAUCUACCCUCAACACUGCUGCUGUGACAGAACAGCAUGCAUCUCCCCAAGCCUACCGCUAUCUGCUGGGCUACAUCUAUUAUUCAACUGUCUCUUCUACACACGCUGUAGAACUUACCAUUAGUCACAGAUCUAGGAUCAUCUUAGUCUCUCUAACUCCUGACCAUUGCUAUCAGAGGGAAAAUGUGAAACUGACGUAAGACCAGCGUCUAUGCAGGGUAAACUUAAUCAGACUCCUCCCUGAAUGACAGGCUGUACAAUAUUGCCACCACUCAAGGUUGAGAGAAGUUGCAAUUUAAACAGGCAAUUAAAGAAUGACUCUAAUACAAAGCUCACAUUUAGAGAAUAAAACCCUAUUCCAAUACAUUAACAUACUUUAAAAAUGCAUCUGUUUGCCUAAAGCUGUGAAAUGCUGGUGCAUGUGUGUAUUUCCUAGCUAUGUUCUAUGUAAGCAUGCCCAUGUUUGUUUUACCUGUUGCACAUAACUGUGUUGUUGGCAAUAUGGUUAGUAGUAGUUCUGACAAUAACAUUUUGGUAACGCCAUUUCCCCCUCUACUCUUUCAUGCUGCCUGGAAUCCUUGUUUUAUUUCUAUUGAUAUAAUGCAAUAAUGGUCAUGCAGAAGAAAAUAAUGAUUAUUAUAUGUUGUGUGGUGCUUGGUAUUGUUAUUGCCUCCAGUGUUGGUGGGAGUUUAGCAUAGAAGACACAUUACACA